ACGAAGCGCCCAUUCGGGAUUCGACUGCGCAGCUCGCGGACGUUCUCCUGCCUUCGCGCUGGUGCUGGGUGCCCCUCGCUCGGUUGCAGGCUGCAGCAGCGCUGGGUUGCAAACUGCUCCCGUGCAGGGUCCUCUAGUCAUCGAUAGCACAGCGAUCAAGCGAGUGCGGGGCACGCCUCGGUCCACCGUACGUUUCGCCAAUACAUCUAGGAUACAAGAUGCUGACCGCGGCUCCGACCAACUUUGACCCCGUCGACAACCCGCUCCAAUUAUCGGGACCCAACUCGGCCGAGCUAGAAACUGCCGCAAAGGCAGCUAGGGUGCAGCUUUUGGCAGCGGUGCAGUCGCUGCUAGGGCUUCUCUGGAGGCGGCAGGUCGUCCGCUUCUUUGCCUUUGUCACUUCUUACAUCACCCUAGUCUCCAGAUAUGGCUCAACAAAGGUUUUGGGCGCACUUCGUAUUUCGAUCGAGGUGGCCAAGCCUCGCGCCACCCCCACAGUCCCCAUGGCCCGCGAGUUGGGCGCCUUGUCGGAGGCGUGCGUGCAUUGCCAGGUGCUGGUGGAGCCGGCAGAGCCCACCGCCGACGUCAUUUUCAUCCACGGCCUGCACGGGUCGCUGCGCAACACGUGGAGGCAGGGCGAGUGGGGGCAGCGGGCGCGCACCGCCUCCCCGGCGCGGCGGGUGCUGCGAGGUCAGCUGCCCUCCAGGAGCGCCUCCGCCGCCCCACCGGAGGAGCCCUACGCCCACUGCUGGCCCAAGGAGUGGUUGCCGCGCGACUGCCCUGGCGUCAGGGUCAUCGCCCUCGACUACCCCACCGACCCGUUCCUCUGGCGUCCGCUCUGGAUGCAGCAGGCCAACAGGUCAACCAUGGUGCAGCGCAGUGAGGAGAUGGCAAAAAAACUGAGGGAAAUUGGAGUUGGCAGUAGACCUAUUAUUUGGGUUGCCCAUUCUAAAGGAGGGCUCUUUGUGAAGCAGAUGCUCGUGGACGAAUUUGAGCACCGACAAAGUGAGUCAAACGAAUUGCCAAAGAGUGAAACUGCCGACCUUCCACCCUUUUGCUGCCGAACCAGGGGCAUCCUUUUCUAUAGUGUUCCACACAGAGGCUCGUCUCUGGCACUUAUUAAGACACCUCUCACUCGCAGGUCAAUUGAGCUCAUGGAAGUUGCAAAAGAUUCGCCUGAAGUGCUCGAUCUGCAUAAUCGUUUCUUGCAGCUGUGCCAGCAUGAGCACUUCAACCCCGAAAUGGUCAGCUUGUUUGAGACUAAAAUGACACUCAUGUCUGUGGUUUUUCUCAGAAUAGUCGCUCAAGAUUCGGCAGAUCCCGACGUAGGAGAGCUUUACGGAAUCGAAUUGGAUCAUAGACAAAUUUGCAAACCUCGCAACAGGAGUUGCUUCCUCUACAGGCGGUUAAUAGCUCUGAUCGAGCAGGCCUGCACUCUGUGAUAUUGUCAGAAAUAUUUUUGCUUUCACCAUUUACUUUAGGCAAGGUUAAUUUAUAAAGUAGUAGCAGGUGUCUCUACCUCUUUGUGCCUUGGUCUAUGCCGCGCUUUCGCGAUUUGAGUUAGUUAGGCACUCGAAAAAUAUAUAUUGCUCCCAACUAUAUAUAAGGUGCAUACUAUAUCACAAUCCGUUCACUUGUCGUUUCGAUUUUGUCUGACGAUGAAGAUUGAGCAUCAAGAAACUUGAUGGUCCAAAAAAGUGGCUUGACGCCAGUUGAAUUAUAUAUUGUUCGACCAAGAAUACCUCGUAUGCCUCAAACCAAUACUCAGUCAUUUCUGUCUGAAAAUAAUAUUUUGACUAUAGGAAUUCCCUGCCUGCAACAUUUAUUUUUGGGAGAAGAAGACUCUACAGCUAUUAUUCCAAAAAAAUAGCAGUUGAAGUUGACGUAGGUUCUAGUUUUUUGUUUGUUUACAUCUUGUCAGAUGCAAAAUUAUCACUAAAGUACAAAAAUCGGCAAAAAAAAUUAUACUCAUGGAAUUUUAAGGUCUCGAAAGUACACAUUUUAACUAAAUACAUAAUGUAAGAAGGAUAUGAAGGUUGGGCCAUGUGGCCAAGUCAUUAAGAUUAACUGUAAAAAGUAAAAGACAUUUUAGAUCAGUUUGUUUUUAUGAAAUUCUACUAUUGGUUGAAAGUAACAAGUCCUAUUUUGAUCAUUCUUGACGCCUUUUGUGGUAAAUGGACCAAAACAUUUUGUUGGCUAUGAAAUGUUUACUAAACAGCCUUCAUUAAGAAUGAAAAUUGAAUUAUAAUAAUUUCAUUGACGUCUGAAUUAAUUUGAAUGUCGAUGGGAAAUUUGGACGAAUUGUUUCACUGUGAUGAAUGUGUAUUGAAAUGAUUGGAAACAAACAUUAAAAAAUUAAAAAUUUCGACAGAA